AUGGACUCAUUCACAAACUUCACCUUCGAGUUUCUUGAGACCGGCGCCGGUCAUCAAGACCAGAACGACUCUGCGUCGGUGUCCCGCCCAUCCUUCUUAGACUCAGAUGAAAGAGCUGAGCCUGAUGACUGCAUGGAGGAUCUAACUUAUAUCAAUACCAAUAUCCAACACAUCGAUACCGCAUUACCCACAGAAUCUUAUGUACAGUAG